AUUGGCUAGUGKACGUUCAAAUGAAGUCAGUGGUUUUGGCGCUCUCUUGCACAGUUUAGCAUUUGUUGGCGUUACUUUGAUAKUUGAAGACGAAAGAUGGCGGGAGGCAAAGCUGGUAAAGAUUCGAAAGCAAAGGCCAAGGCCGUUUCAAGGUCCGCCCGUGCAGGAUUACAGUUUCCAGUCGGUCGUAUUCACAGACAUUUGAAGAACCGAACGACAAGUCAUGGGAGAGUUGGAGCAACUGCAGCAGUUUAUAGCGCGGCUAUCCUCGAAUAUCUAACCGCCGAGGUAUUAGAAUUGGCAGGCAAUGCUUCUAAAGAUUUGAAAGUAAAGCGUAUCACUCCUCGCCAUCUUCAACUUGCCAUCCGAGGUGAUGAAGAAUUAGACUCUUUAAUCAAAGCUACAAUUGCUGGAGGAG